CCCACGAGUUGUUUGGAUACAUGCAUGUAUGUCAUCAAUGGUUAGGAAGCGCACAGAGAAACGCUGACGAGCGGGAUUGAGUUGAUAAAACCGGCGUGGUGUUAUCUCUAUGGGAAUUAUAAUCAAUAAUAAUGUCCCACAUUAAAGCUCCCAUUGUUGAUACGGAGAGGCGUAGGCGGAGGUCCACGGCUGAAAGUUCAGAUACCCAAUGGGACCAUGACCCCAGGGUCUACCGCCGUACAUCCCAGUGUGACCGACUGUGUGUGGACAUUGGCAGUCAUGUGGCCGAGAGCCCCUCCCCAGAUGUCUCCCACCAAUACACCCCCAAAUGUUUGUCUGCACACAAAGGAGGCACCACUCCGUGUCACUAUGGGGAAGAGGUUUGGCAGGAUGGCUCGAGCUUGAGGACCACCAUCCGAGCAGAGAAUGAAGUAGAGGCAAACAAACUGGCCAACAACUACAGGUUUGGCUUCAGAAAGUGGAAGAGUCACGUGACUGAGAGGCCCAUCGAGGACAGGUCGGACAUUGUGAGGGAGCUGUACUCAGAGCUGAACUUUGUCAGACCACAAGGUUCAUUGAUUACUUGUGGAAACAUAGCAUACUUGAUUUUAUUUGGAUGGUGGAUCUCUUUAGCCUACCUCUUGGUCUGUGUCCUAAUGUUUCUGACCAUCAUUGGAGUUCCUUAUGGGAAGCUGUGUUGGAAGUUAUCAUGCUACUUUCUGUGGCCCUUUGGGAAGUCCAUACUAAAGCCCAGAAGCCUGGUCAGGCGAUGCUGUGUGAAGUUCCCUCACUGCGAGGCCAUCCCAGAGGAAUCUGACUCAAAGGAGGUGAAGGAGUCUACACCCCUGCUCAUGCCCCAUUCUGUCCCCAUCGAGGUCCCUCCACAACGGACGCGUUACUGGUGUCGUGUCAGUACCUAUGUGUGGUUGUUGCUAGGCUACCCUCUCCUGGGGCUGAUCCACAGCCUGGCCUGCUUCCUCUCCUGGAUCCUGGUCUUCACCAUCCCUGUGGCCAAGAUGAAUGCCCGCACCCUGGCCAUCAUCCUCCUCAUGCCCCCUGAGGAUGUCCACAGCUACCGGCUGAAAAAGCCGCAAGGGUGUGAUAGCCAAGUGCUUCUCUGUUGCUACCACGCCUUCAACUGGUACUACUACAAAUACACCUUGGAUGGAAUCAAUGUGUUCGCUGUCAACCUGCUGCCCCUGGUCAUCACAACCCUGGUGGUCGGCUACGUGGACACAGAGAACCAGUUUGUCAGCUCGGAGGCCAAGUUUGUCGCUGCCGUCAGCUCCAUCAUCCCACUGUCCUAUUACAUUGGCAUGGGCAUCGCCAGUAUCUCAGCCCAGAGUAACUUUGCGGUGGGAGCAGUGGUGAACGCCACGUUUGGCUCCAUCACAGAGAUGACCUUCUACAUCACUGCCCUGUUGAGGGGUCACAAGGCCGGCACCAAGUGCUAUGAGGAGAUCGUCAAGGCUGCUCUCACUGGAACCCUGCUGGGCUGUAUUCUAUUUAUCCCAGGUAUCAGCAUGAUCAUCGGGGGCUUUAAACACAGGGAGCAGAGGUUCAACAGCCGCUCUGCAGGGGUCAGCUCAGCCCUGCUCUUCAUAUCAGUAGGAGGCGUAUUUGCCCCAACCCUGUUCUCCAAGGCCUACGGUAGCCUGGUGUGUGCGGGCUGCUCCAGCUCUCAAGCCAACACCAGCGGGCCCUUCACCUGUAUGGACUGCCACUAUGACAUGAGUGGAAGUAACGAACCCUUAUAUCUCAGACACAUUGAGCCUCUGGUAUACACCAUCUCCGUGUUGCUGCCCUCCGCCUACCUGAUCGGCCUCAUCUUCACCCUGAAGACCCACUCCCACAUCUACGACAUCCAAGUCAGUGACGUGCACGACCACCACCAGGGUGGUCACGGUACUGUCCACUGGUCCAGGUUGAGGGCUCUGUCUGUGCUGAUCAUGGCCACGCUGCUAAUGGCUGCCUGUGCUGACCUCACUACGGAGCACAUCAAACCCAUCCUCGACCACUCCGCCAUAUCCCAGUAUUUCAUCGGCGUGACCGUGUUGGCGAUGGUGCCGGAAAUUCCAGAGAUCUUCAAUGGAAUCCAGUUUGCCCUGCAGAAUAACAUCAGCCUCAGCUUGGAGGUGGGAAACUGCAUAGCAGUGCAAGUCUGCAUGAUUCAGAUUCCCUUACUCAUCUUGUUCAACACUUUUUAUGAUGUGGGAUUCGUGCUCCUGUUCAGUGACUUGCAUCUUUGGGCCAGCAUCUUUAGUGUGAUUGUGGUCAACUACAUUUUCAUGGAUGGCAAGUCUGACUACUUUCAGGGGACUGCUUUGGUGGUGGUUUACCUCAUUCUACUGGCGCUGUACUUUUUCGCCCCAUCACCCCACGCCUGUUGAGCUGCUCCGCAAAGAACAAACUUCAACUCCUAGAGUCCUUUCAGUCACUAUUUACAGGAACUGCUUUUUUAACUAUUUUGAUGCCAUGUCGAGUCAUAUUCAUAAGGGCUUGCAGCGGGGAAGUCCAGUUAGUCCCUCUCUGUUGCAAUCUGUUUUCUUCCUUUUGUGCCUAAUGAACAUAACCCAGUUCUGGGCAUCAAUGGCCCUUUACCUUUGGAAUUAUUUGCAUUAUGACUUCUAAAUUAACAUUCCUAUACUGCACAUCUGGGGUGUAUGUAAACUAUAUGUAGGAGAUGUGUUUUCAGGUGGAGUUUGGUAGAUUAAAAUGCAUAUGUUAAAGCAGGGUAUGUUUAAUAUUGAAUUUAUAAAGUGGUCACAAUUGUGCUUCACAUUCAUUGGCGCUUGGUUAUUAAGCUGGAUUCAUAUGGACCAUAAAAUCUACACAUGGUGUAAUGCUAGGAUUUGUAUGGACCAAAACAUCAACACAUGGUGUAAUGCUAGGAUUUGUAUGGACCAAAACAUCUACACAUGGUGUAAUGCUAGGAUUUGUAUGGACCAAAACAUCUACACAUGGUGUAAUGCUAGGAUUUGUAUGGACCAAAACAUCACAUGGUGUAAUGCUAGGAUUUGUAUGGGGAAAAGUACACAUUUACUGCCACUUUCUUUACCUUCCUGUUCUGUUUUCUAUUCUUGUGAUUUCUGUUGCAAAGUAUUGCAUUGGAUAAGGUGCAUCCAGGUCUAUUUCAACAAGGUCUUGUACCUGAGCAGGCAGGUAAACAACCUUCCACACAGCUCAUUUUGUAAAGGAAUGGUAUCUAGUCAUAAGCAAGGGCAUGCCAAUUUCAAUGUUCUUGUUGCACAAUAAAUCUGGACUAUUAGGCAAGUACUUGGUAAAGUGUGCACUACAAGGAUGGCAGCUCAUUCCAUGCCAGUGACCAUUACACUGUUGAAGCAGACAAACCAUUACCAGAUCAGUUUGUGUUGUCUUGCUUCAACUUGUGACAAUGACCACACAAACAGAUCUGUGACCAGGCUAAGCAAACGAAGGUGAUACAAAACUAUUUACAGUACAUGUUUAUUGACUCGUCAACAAUCGAAAAAUUAAACAUUCACCAAUACAAUUAUCAAUUCAGCGAUCGCCUUAACCAUUUGCUGCACAGCCAGGAUUCAAGUCCAGGGGAGACGACUUUUCCAACGUAAAAGGUGAAUAAUGACAUGCGGAGAAGGUGUAAUAGAAUGAGGACAGGCACAGAUUUAGGCAUUUCCUUGAUGGGGAGUUGGGAAUUAUGGGUAUUCAUUGACAUUUUAAACUACCCCCUUGGCAACGAUCAAUAAAUACUAUUUUGUUCCACAAGGCAGAUUUAAUGGCAUUGAAUUCAGGGUGCCAUAAUAUUUGGCGUUAAACCACGUUCCCAGCUCAUCUGAUCUGUGUUGAUUAUCUGACCCUGACACUCUGUCUGCAUACAUUGAGCCUUAACAGAAUACUGUUCAGAUUCAGCUCACAAGUACAACAUACAUGAACUCUAAAUCAUCCAUAAAUACAUAUUCCCACAUUAUUGCUGCUUCAACUAUUUGUCCAAUGAUUGCUUGACAAUGUGUUUGGAAAGGGCACAGAAUGACAAUUCAUCAAUGCAUUGACUGAUCUGACAAGUGGUGCAUAUGUUGUCUUUGAUGGGAGGGGAAAUUAUAGAGAAGGAGAAGCGAUCCCACAUGGGAGUCAUGUUUAAAUGGUCAGUAUGUUUGGAUCGAGCUAAACCAUUACUCAUGUUUCCUUCUGUCUAGGUUGUGGUACUUCAAUAUCAUUGAAACUUUGGGAAAGGCACUGAAUGAAUCAGAUCAAUGUCAGUAUUCUACUUAAACAGAUCCACAAAAAUCUGUUAAUAUUUGUUCUAUUAGCAAAGAUGGAGUAAAAGUUGGAACAGAAAUUGAACAUUUUAUUCAAAUAAAAACAUUUAAGGAGCACCAUAUUCACAGUGAUGGGAUGAUUUAGUUUACAACUUUCCACAAGCAUACUAAAGUGACUGAGAGUUCAGAAUGAAUGGAGACCAGGUGUUUUGACUCUUUACCCAUCUUCCAUUGAUAUUAGGUUUCUACUAUGGUGGGUAUAAGGACUAAGUCCCUUGGUCAAAAGUAGUGCACUAUAGAGAGAAUAGGGUGCAAUUUGGGACACUGAUACAGAUAACCAUCACAGAGAACUGUAUAUCAGAGAUAACUACCAGAGAUAAUUCAAAUACCUGUAUGUAUAUCCAAGAUACCUGAAUGCAUAUUGGAUAACUGAAUCAGUGUUAAAUGGGUAUGAGGAGUGUGGUGUGAUAUUAGGUGAAAGGGAAGUGGUCUAUUAGAGACCCAUCUACAGUAGCAUCAGUCUGUUCUUCACACAAAUAAACUAUUAAAAUCAGACUGUGAAUAAGCCUUGAAUAGGGAAAAGUGGUGACGACAACCUGCGUCUAAGUCUGGCAUGAGGGUGGUACCAAUACUACCUUCCCCUUGUAACACAACAUGCCAACUGUCUGGUGUAACUUUUCAUCUGACUCCAAGUCUAACUUUCCUAAUUGUACGUAGAGAGAAAAUAAAUGUGAGAAAUGGCGAACAGGGUGUCUCAUGAAAAUGCAUACAAAUAAAUGUCCUUCAAAUAAAUAAUCAUUCCUCUGAAAUGGCAUUAUUAAAGUCAUGAUAAAUAAUCAUUCCUCUGAAAUGGCAUUCUUAUUAAAGUCAUGAAGGCCAAUAUAAAAUGAGAAAGUAGAGAGGGUCGACGUGAAUCUGAAAGCCGUGGAGUAAAUGAUUUCUGGGUCUGUAGGCAGGCGGAUUGAGAGGCUAGAA